AUGGCUUCCUCUGAACCUAUUGUCCACGCGUGCUUCGAGUCGAACACUGGCACCUGGCAAUACGUGGUUGCCGACCCUGCCUUCAAAGCUGCAGUCAUCAUCGACCCGGUCCUCGACUUUGACCCGGGCAAAAACGCCAUUUCCACCGAGACGGCCGACGGCUUGCUCGCCCUGGUCCGGGAAAAGGGGUACACGGUGGAGCGGCUGCUCGAGACGCAUGCACACGCCGACCACCUGACUGCCGCCAAGUACCUGCAGAGCCGGCUGCUGUCGUCAGACUCCAAGCGGCCCCAGGUGUGCAUCGGCCGGCGGAUCGGCGAGGUCCAGGACCGCUUCGCCAAGCGCUACGGCAUCCCGCGCGCCGAGUGCGACGGCGCCUUUGACGGGCUCUUGGACGGCGACGACGUCUUCCAGGUCGGCCAACUCCAGGCCAAGGCUAUUCACCUUCCGGGACAUACCCCAGACCAUAUGGGUUACAUGAUUGGAGCAAACGUAUUCUGCGGAGACUCUCUUUUCAAUAGCGACGUGGGCUCUGCGCGAUGCGACUUCCCCGGCGGCGAUGCGCAUGAACUCUACAACUCCGUCGCCAAGCUCUUCUCCCUGCCAAAGCACUAUAAGAUCUGGACGGGCCACGACUACCCGCCGGGCGGGGGCGCACGCGGCGAGCCGCUGGCGUACAUGACGGUGGGCGAGCAGAAGGAACAGAACAAGCACCUCAAGGCGGGGACGGCCGAGGACGCAUUUGUGAGCUGGCGCGAGGGCCGCGACGCGGCGCUGGCCGAGCCGCGCCUGAUGCACCAGGCGCUGCAGUUCAACAUCCGCGCCGGCAAGCUGCCUGCCCCGGCGGACGGCGGCGGCGGGGACAUGUUGCUGCACGUCCCGGUCAAGAUUGUUGGG